GAAAAAUUUUGUGAAGCCACUUAUGCUGCAUUAUCUGGACAGAAAUUGUAUGAAAAUCAAACUGUAUCGUGUCAGAUCGAUAGAAAUGCUGAUGACGCCGAGCUUUCUUGGAAUUGGUUAAUGGAUCAGCCUGAAAUCAUGCCAUUACAUUUGACUCUCGGAACUGUUUCGUUGAAUCCGGUUUCGCAGAUCGAGACUGUAAAAAUGUGGCAAGAAUGGAUGGAUUAUUUCAUUGAAGAAAGGAAUCAAAUCAUGAUGAAUAGUGUCAAUUGUGAAAUGCGCGUUAAUGAUUUGACAAAGAUUAAUGAUAUCGCGCAAGAAAAAAUCGAAUUAAUGACUAGUGAUAAAGAUAAAGAGAUUGAGCCUUCAAGCGAACCGUUAGAAUCGCAACUUAGUGAUCAUUCUGAAACAAACAAACAAAGGAUAACUCUUGAAAAAUCUCCCUUGCCAAGAUCUAAACAUUCCCCUACAAACAUUGUCCUUCCUUCCAAGAGACCUAGAUUAGAUAAAAUAAUAGAAUCAAAUGAAAGCGCAUCGACAAAUUCCGUUCUCACUAAAACUUUUCGCGGUCAAGUGAUUAAAUCUCGAAAGAUCAAUUUGAGUAGAGUCACCUUGGAUGAUAUUUUGACCAAUUCUGAACAAGUCGCCAAGGAUCCUUCUAAAAAAACCGACAAAAGCGAAGAGAACAGAUGA